CUUCUUAACACUGAUUUGCAUUCAGCUACGAAUGAGUUUAUUAAUGCGUUAUUUUCUCAUUUUCUUUACCCACUAAUUUCGAGACCAACUCGACUUACUUCGUACAGUGCCACCCUGAUUGAUAACAUUUUUAAUAACAAUAUUUCUGCCUCGUGUGACAAUGGACUCAUUGUUAAUGAUCUGUCGGACCAUUUACCAAUCUUCACACUCUGUUACAGUGACGCUCAUUCUUCAACAAUUAAGUCUAAGGAAAGUGUUGCCAUUCCCAACUUCUCUAGUCAGAAUAUUAAUACAUUUAACAACCUUUUGUGUGAAUUCGUUUGGAAUUCUCUAAUUUAUGCUGAUGAAAAUGCCGCUUACAAUGAGUUCCUACAAAAAUGUACUGAAUUUUAUAACAAGAGUUUUCCGAUAAAGUUUUGUCAAGGGAAAAACCUAAAACUCUGCAUAAUCUGUGGCUUACAACUGGAAUCUUGAAAUCAAUUAAGACAAAGUCUAGGCUGUAUAAAUUAUUCCUAAGGAAACCAAGUCAUGAGCAUGAAUCCAACUAUAGGUCAUUUAGAAAUAAGCUAAGUUGUCUUGUUCAUGUUGCCAGGAAAAAUUAUUAA